AUGCUUGGAUUUUUCUUCCGAUUCUGCUCGACGCUGUGGGGCUGGCUCGGUGGCCAUCCGGCUCCGGCUGGCUACCUAUCCGUCGAGCAGCUGCUACGACUUCCCGUCGAAGUCCAAAUGCAUAUCGUGGCUUAUAUGGGAACGACGGAUAUGAUUGAAAUGGUGUAUGCUGACCCGCUUUUCAAGGCCUUCAUCACGGCCGUUCCGAAAUAUUGGGAGGCUGUGCUUUCGGCUGGCGAAAUCUCCAUCGACCGCGAUUGCGACUUCGUUUUUUACAAGAGGUUUCCCAGAAGCGACGGGAUGGCUGUCGAUCUCCCAUCUGAUCUGGAGCCCCUACGACAACGGGGUGUCGAGAAACUGCACGUAAGCCGAAAAAAUAGAUGUAUAAUGGACUCGGGUGUCUGGGCGUGUCAAGUGAAUCUCAAUACCGACCUGGGUGACCCACGGCGGGACCAAGAAGUCAUCAACUACACCGAGCUCGUAGACAUACUCGCCAACAACUCGCGCGUUCGCAUGCUAUCCGGCGCGCCGCAUUCAUGGGUGAACGGCGAGCCCUGGAAGCCGAAUCUCCAAGCAACUAUCCUUACCAUUUCCAAAGUGAACGAGAUCAAGGAUGGAUGGCCGUAUGGGACAGAUACGUACGGUGCCGUGGCUGUGGAUGUUCUUUGGGGCUACCGGUGGGAAUAUGCUUUCUGGGAGAAGUUUGCUAACAUGGUGAAUGGAUUGCCGCAGGUCAAACUACUGCGCGCCUCGUUACCAGUUACGGUGACGCGACUUCCCCAGUUGUCCUUGUUGAAAGUUCCGAGCUUCAAGGUCUACUACGAGCAGCCCAUUGCUUUCCUGGUCAACCUUACGCCUCACAAGGAUCAAUGCCCUUUGCUGGCCGUCAACUCCUUUCGACAGAUGAUUUCGGAAUGGCUGCGUGGCGAGCGCGAGAUCGACCGCAUUCUGGUUCUGUGCACCAGAGCCAUAAGGACGGAUCGCUCGCCUUUUAAUAUGAAGGAGUUGCUCGUUCUUGUGGCGGGAUUGGCUGAAGGGCUGCCGGGCUGCUUCAAGAUUUGCGCCAGCGCCUGGCUGAUUCGGCGCACCGAGACGAGCCGUGAUGGGCUCGUGAUCAGCCUCCAACCUCAGAUUUUCAUGCUGUGCCGUUGUGACUAUUGGGACCGACGGGAGCGUGCUUUUGAGGACAGUCUGCAACACUGCCAAGCCUUCGCUACGCUCCUAGAAGCACACCAGCGCAUGAAAUCAAAAGGACUUAGUGCUCAGGAUACUCGAAUCAAAAAGACGAUUUUCGAAAAGGACGCCCGCGCGUACCUCAAAGCAUACGGUGCUUUGCUGCGCCGCGUCGUCCUCUGCGAUUUUGCCAUCUGCGCUUCGCUGUGCUUCGACUAUAAUUGGGCAAGCUCUUCGGAAAAAUUGACAGCG